AUGGCCGGAGAGAAAGGCUCAGUCCACCGCAAAAACACCACCUCACUAGAGAAUGGUGACAACGUGCCUCACGAGGGCAACUUAUAUGCCAACGCAAACUCGGAUCAGAACACGAAAGAACACCCGGACGUGAUAAUAGUGGAUUGGGAUGGCAACGAUGAUUCGCGCAAUCCCAUGAAUUGGAAACCAUUCCAGCAAUACAGCCAGGUCUUUUGUGGUGAGCGCCAUUACCUUACUCACGUACGUACACAGUCACUUGCUGCAUCCAUGUUCUCGCCUGGAGUUUGGCAAAUGAUGGAAGAGUUUCAUAGCAGCAACCAAGAACUUGGGAUUUUGGUGGUUUCGAUAUAUGUUCUGGGGUUAGCGCUUGGGCCGAUUGUACUUGCCCCGAUGUCAGAGCAAUAUGGCCGACUAGUUAUCUACCACUUGUGCAUGGCUAUCUUCCUUGUUUUCACCAUUGCAUGUGCCGUGAGUAAAACUUUGACGCAGCUGAUUGUGUUUUGCUUUUUCGCUGGAUGCUCAGGGUCUGCACCGAUUGCCAUGGGCGGCGGUACGGUGUCUGAUGUUUUUCCGCCGCAAGCACGAGGUGCGGCCAUAUCGAUAUGGGCCGUUGGUCCCCUGUUGGGCCCCGUUAUUGGUCCCGUGGCUGGUGGGUUUCUGGCUGAAAACGAAGGAUGGCGUUGGACAUUUUGGGUCCUGGUCAUUGCGACCGGUGCAAUGAUGAUUAUUGCCGCCCCAUUUUUACGGGAAACAUACGGUGUAGUCAUCCUCGAACGAAUUGCCGCAAAGAGCCGGAAAGAAACAAACGAUAGUCGCAUCAAAUCCCGCCUUACCCCAGACUUGACACCCCGCGAGAUGUGGAGCCAAGCCUUGGUCCGACCAUUGAAGAUGCUAGUUAUGCCGAUGGUCCUGGCGCUGUCGGCGUACACGGCCCUGUGCUAUGGAUAUCUCUUUUUGUUUUUCACCACUUUCACCAUGGUAUUUGAAGAGCAAUACGGAUUCUCAACCGGUAUCGCGGGCUUGACAUAUCUAGGUCUCGGUGUCGGCAUGAUCCUCGGCCUCUUUGCCAAUCGUCUCACUGUUGAUAGAAUUGCAUCAAAGCUCGCUGAACGUGGAACUCGCAAACCAGAACACCGUCUGCCGAUGAUGAUUUUCCUUGGUCCGCUAAUCCCCGCCGGUUUGUUCUGGUAUGGAUGGAGUGCACAGGCCCACACGCAUUGGAUCGUACCUAUCAUUGGCACAUCAUUCGUAGGGUUCGGGAUCUUGGGUAUUUUUCUUCCUGCUCAGACAUACCUCGUGGAUGCGUAUACUCGUUAUGCCGCCUCUGCCAUCGCAGCGAAUACGCUUCUCCGGUCUAUCCUCGGUAGCAUGGUUCCGCUGUUUGGGUAUAAAAUGUACGAAAGCCUUGGGCUGGGCUGGGGAAAUAAUUUGUUGGGGUUCAUUGCCAUUGCGUUUUUGCCAUUGCCUGUGUUCUUUUACAAAUUUGGCGAGCGGAUACGGGUGAGGACGACGGUGGAAUUAUGA